GCGUACUCGUCGCACGUGGUGGUAGAGGAGGCCAACGUACAGGUGCUCCUACCGGCCGCCUGUCUGCUGCAGAUGACCGAAAUCCAAGACGUGUGCUGCGAGUUCCUGAAGAAGCAGUUGGAUCCCAGCAAUUGUCUCGGUAUCCGCGCGUUCGCCGACACCCACUCCUGUCAAGAGUUACUCCAUUUCGCCGAUAAGUACACUCAGGACCGGUUCCAGGAGGUGAUCGAGAACGAAGAGUUCCUACUGUUGCCCGUCAAUCAGCUCAUUGACAUCAUCUCGUCGGACGAGCUGAACGUCCGCAGCGAAGAGCAGGUCUACUCAGCGCUGAUGCUGUGGGUGAAGUACAACGUACCGGAGCGCCGGCAGCACUUGGCCCACGUGUUACAACACGUCCGCCUCUCGCAGUUGACGGCCAAGUAUUUGGUGGGAACGGUAGGCUCGGAUCUGCUCAUCAAAUCGGACGAAGCGUGUCGUGAUUUGGUGGACGAGGCGAAGAACUACCUGUUGCUGCCGCAGGAACGCCCCCUAAUGGUGGGCCCCCGGUUCAGGGCGCGUAAGCCGGUGCGCAGGGGUGAGGUGCUGUUCGCGGUGGGCGGCUGGUGUAGUGGGGACGCCAUCGCCAGUGUGGAACGGUAUGACCCGCAGUCGAACGAGUGGCGAAUGGUGGCGCCCAUGAGUAAGAGGCGGUGCGGCGUCGGGUGCGCCGUAUUGAGUGACCUGUUGUACGCCGUGGGCGGACACGACGGCCAGUCCUACUUGAAUAGCAUCGAA